AUGGCUGCUUUCUCGCCGUCGCGCACCUCCAGCACGUCCUCCUCUCCGAACGAUUUAUCUCCAACCCGCAAGAAGAGAAAGGCAGAAAGCAUUACUUCUCUGUCUGAUGGGCAAACAGAUGCUGAAGGAACGCCAGCAAGGUCUCUUAUAUCCGAGGAUCGCUCACGUUAUAUCGCCGAACUAUUCGACGAGAACAUCAUCGCAAAGAUCUUUCGGACGGCCUCCUCGUCGUUGAAUGACCCCAAUAUCUUCACCAAGCCGGACGGAGUACCACUAGGAUAUCCAGAGACAGUCCCUCAGACCGGCCCCAGGGCAGGGCGAUAUGAGUUCCGGGACCCGGAGUUCUGGACAUGCGGGUUCUUUCCUGGUUGUCUGUACGCCCUGCUAGAGAGGACCACCAAGUAUCCUCAUCGAGCUCUUCUUGAAUCCAGUCCGUUCGGACCCAAGCUCCAAGACGUCCGUUCGCAGCUGCGCGUUCUGAGUAAAGGAUGGUCAAAGUCCCUGCAUAGCAUGGCCUUCCGAGCAGACACCCACGACAUCGGAUUCAUCGUGAUGCCAGCACUGAAGAGAGACUGGGAGAUACUGGGAAACGAGCAAAGUCUGCGCUCAAUCAUUCAAGCAGCUCGAAGCCUCGCAACACGAUAUGUGUCCACGGCUGGGACAAUCAGAAGUUGGGACUGCCUAGUGAAGAAAGAGAUCACGGUUACAGACCAGACGGAGAACGUGCUCGUCAUCAUCGACAGCCUGUGCAACUUGGAUCUACUUUACUACGCCUCGGCCCAUUCAGGAGAUAGAAGGCUUGCGGAUUUGGCAACGGCUCAUGCUCGCACUCUGCUUCAAACCCAUCUGCGUCCCGAACGUGGCAUCUCUGUCCCCAAGGGUGGGUAUCAGGGGCAAUUAUACUCGACAUGCCAUGUCGCGAAUAUUGAUCCUGCAACGGGGAGUUUGAAAUGGCGUUGGACAGCACAGGGGUACGACAACAACUCGACUUGGUCCCGGGGCCAAGCGUGGGCGAUUCUAGGCUAUGCGCAGGUGUAUAUGUGGACCAAAGAGACGAUAUUCCUAGAUGCUGCCUGUGGCUGCGCCGAGUACUUUUUGCAUAGACUAGCGACAGCACCAGCCUGUGUUGAGAUUGACGUGAGCGAGUCUCAGGAUCUGUUCCCUACAAGCAGGACAAACGGUCGGCAUGUUCCUCUGUGGGAUUUUGAUGCACCAGUCGACCCGGCAGAGCUGCUGCGAGACUCGUCUGCAGGUGUUAUUGCCGCCAAUGGAAUGCUCAUUAUAUUUCAGAAUCUUCUCAGCCUUGGUCAGGAUGGUCUAGCCAGAAGGUUUCUCAACGCCGCUGUCGAGAUUGUCCAGGACACUAUUGACCUCUGUCUGGCCAAAGAGAAGACUCGAUUCGUGAGUGAUGGCAAGAGCAUUACUGUUGAGGAUAGUGUUCCUGGAUCUACCUUCGACUCUAUUCUCAUGAAUGGCACUGCAAAUAACAACCAGCAUGCGCGGCGGCGAUAUUGUAACCACGGGUUGGUGUAUGGUGAUUAUUAUCUGAUAGAGUUCGGCAAUCGCCUACUUGAUUUGGGCCUUGCAUAA